UCUUCUUUACCAUCUUCUCUGUCGUUAUUAUAUCUGCAUCUUUCUUUUGCUUAUUCACAGAGGAACUCCCAUUUAAUUGACUGCAAUAGAACUGGAGCAUCCUCCCUUCAUUUAUGAAGGCAGUUCUUUGUUGCUUCUCGACGAUUAGGUGAUAUCCCUGAGAUUCAUGACGUAGCCAUCUUCCGCUUUGGCUAUGAAAGCAUCGCGAGACUUUUCGUUCUAACCAACGUCCGCUGCAGCAGUAUCACUGAGGUGUGCCUGUCUAAUGGUUCUUAUCUGAUCUUGUUCCAUAUCCAGCCAUCUCUUCGAACCCAACCGCUUCUGAUGGCAUUAAAUUGCUCAGGAAAGUGGCGUUUCUUACGAGUGAGUGAGGGAGAUUAAGAAGAGGGAGGUGGUAGCUGGUGAGAAGCAAAAGAACAGUCUGUCCUAUUAAAUGUCACUCUGCAACUCCACCACCUUUCUAUAAAUUUUGUACCUUCCCUGCCCUGUUCCUCCCCCAUCUCUUUUUUAUCUUCUCCGCUUGUCCAUUUUGCCACCCCUAAGGUGACGGUGAGUGCAAGCAUAUAGCGGAGAGGCGAGAUGGACGUGGCGACGGUGGUUGUGGUGAUUGCAUGCAUGGCGGCCUACGUAGUGUGGUUCUCGAGGCUGGCGGCGGGGCUUUGCGGGCCGCGGGUGUGGCCGGUGUUGGGCAGCCUCCCUGGCCUGAUCCAGCACUCGGAGCGCAUGCAUGAGUGGAUCUCCGACAACCUCCGCGGCACCGGCGGCACCUACCAGACCUGCAUUUGCGCCAUCCCCGGCCUCGCACGCCGGCAAGGGAUGGUGACGGUCACCUGCGACCCGCGCAACCUCGAGCAUGUGCUCAAGACCCGGUUCGACAACUACCCCAAGGGCCCGACAUGGCACGCCGUCUUCCUGGAUCUCCUAGGCGACGGCAUCUUCAACUCCGAUGGAGAUACCUGGCUCUUCCAGCGCAAGACUGCUGCACUGGAGUUCACCACUCGCACGCUCCGAAUCGCCCUGUCGCAGUGGGUCUGCCGUUCCAUCCACCUCCGCCUUCUCCCCAUCCUCGAAGAAGCUUCCGCCAGGUCCACGGUCGUCGACCUCCAGGAUCUGCUCCUCCGGCUCACCUUUGACAACAUAUGCGGCCUCGCCUUCGGCAAGGACCCGGAGACGCUCGCACCCGACCUCCCGGAGAACGCCUUCGCCAUCGCCUUCGACAGCGCCACCGAGGCCAGCCUCCACCGCUUCGUCUUCCCCGAGUUCGUUUGGCGGUUCAAGAAGUGGCUCCAAGUCGGCAUGGAGGCCACGCUCACGCGCAGCGUCGCGCACGUCGACGGCUACCUGUCAGCCAUUAUCAAGGCCCGCAAGCUGGAGCUCAGAGACGGCCGGAACUACGACGACCUCCUCUCUCGGUUCAUGAAGAAGGGCACUUACACCGACUCUUUUCUCCAGCAUGUGGUGCUCAACUUCAUUCUCGCCGGACGCGACACCUCCUCCGUCGCGCUCAGCUGGUUUUUCUGGCUGGUCACGACCCAUCCGGCCGUGGAGCGCCGCGUCCUACUUGAGCUCGCCACCGUCCUCGCCGAAUCCCGCGGCAACGAUCCCAAAGCGUGGGUCGCCACACCUCUCGCCUUUGAGGAGGCCGGUCGCCUCGUGUACCUCAAAGCAGCCCUCUCCGAGACGCUCCGGCUCUACCCGUCCGUCCCCGAGGACUCCAAGUACGUCAUGGCCGACGACGUCCUCCCCGACGGCACAUUCGUGCCCGCCGGUUCCUCCAUCACCUACUCCAUUUACUCCGCGGGUAGGAUGAAGUCGGUGUGGGGGGACGACUGCCUCGAGUUCCGACCGGAGCGAUGGCUCUCACCGGACGGCAACCGGUUCCUCCCGCACGACUCGUUCAAGUUCGUGGCGUUCAACGGCGGACCGCGGAUCUGCCUCGGGAAGGACCUUGCCUACCUGCAGAUGAAGUCGAUCGCCGCCGCCGUGUUGCUGAGGCACCAGCUGAGCGUCGCCCCCGGACACCGCGUCGAGCAGAAGAUGUCGCUCACCUUGUUCAUGAGGAAUGGACUGAGGGUGAACGUGCACGACCGCAACCUGACCACCAUCGCUGAGGAGCUCGCAGCAACUCAGCCGAAGAUGGUGGUGGCUUCCGAGCUGGUGGCAGCCACUGCCUGAGCCACCACCGUUUACAUAAACGAUGGUGGGCUAAGUUGUGACCAACUGUAGAUAGCAAGUAAACAAGCUGGUGUGAAUUGGGGAAGAGAAAGGAUUAUUACAUGUUGUGAUAGAUUUAUUAAUUAUGAGCAAAUUCGAUAUUA